AAGGCUUCAGCACCCACGUCAUUCAUCUACACGGAAUUUACCCACAAACAACACACGUGUCAUUUUAUACCUACAUAACUAACAAGCUAUUCUCCAUUCAUCAUAUGUAUGAAAUCAAUUCGUAGGAAGGAAACCUUCAAAAAAUAUUCUGGAAGGUGUUUUCUCAAAAAGUUUGCAAAAGUCUGGAAAAAUAUGACAGUCGUCGGACGAAAUUUCUUGGAAUUUGAAAUCGAUCAUAAUUGUUGGCUAUGUCCUCAUUCUGUCGCUUGCUUUUGUUAGAAAUCUUCUCAUUUUCUCCAUCAACUGGUACAUACUUGCAUACUUUCUGAUAUUACUAAUACAAUUUUGUUGGAAAUUAGCAUGACAUUGAAACACACGGGUUUAAAUAUUUUCUGACAAAACAAUGACAACUUUCGAUUACUUAGGUUAUGCAAUUUCGACCAUUGAAUUUCUUUACGUACUCCAUUGUUUAAUUGAAAAAACUGAUUACAGUGAAUUGUUCAAACUACAUUCAGUUUUCCAUUUCAAUUAGGAAAUUAUGCAAUAAUUGACAAAUCACGAAAACUUAUAAAUUGCUGAAUCAGUGACAAGAUCAGAGAGUUUUUGCACUGACAACGAAUCAUCUCAAUAUACAACAAACACUUAUAGAAAUUAACAUGAAGUCCAAAACGACGAUAGCUUUAAUUGGGGUGAUAUGCUAUGUCAUCCUAUCAGUGCAAGGAGCCCCUGUUCAUAGUCGAUCGAAACGAUUUGUUCCAAAUUGGUUGCCCACCGAUCCAAGAUGGUCAGCAUUACAAGCUGGUGAAUUGAGUGACGACUACAUAUCUGGAGAAAUUGGUGACUACGGAAUGCUCGAAAUGGAGGACUAUGGCCAUGCCGAUGAUUACGACAGUGACAGUGACGAAUACGAAUACGAUUUUGCCCCUGAGGAUUUUGAUUAUCAAGAAUAUGACGAAUACGAAUAAUUUCCGUUGUUUCCGUAAUUUUAAAACGUUCUUGUGGUGCCUAAUAAAAUGAGAUUUUUCAGAGA